AUGACAUCUAAUAAUUCUUCUACAUUGCAUGAGUUAGCAACUACGAACUUUAAUAGAACUCCGGAUAAUCUAAUAUUCAGUGAUGACUUAAAGAAGGUAUACUCAAUAUUACUGAUAUGCUUGGAGUUAGACGAGAAGCCUCGAGAUUGUUCAAAGAAGUUGUUUAAUACGUUCAGUAAGACGUACCCAUAUGCCUUCUCAGUACAUGAUGCGGUAGAGAAGAUGGGAAAUUUGAAGCUUUAUGUGGAUAUGAAUUCCACUACGGUUCAUAUAUCAUAUACUAUUAAUCGCGAACAGGCAUAUAGUAUGCUGCGAGUGUUUAUGGAUGCUAAACUAUUGCAUACGCCUGCAGAUCGGACAAGAGAUGAGCCCAAGGAUAACGUACUAUUACAGCCCACUCCAAAGGGCGUUGCGAUUCUACAGAGAUUCGUCAUUCACAUGGGCAUUAAGAAAAAGCCGCCAAUUCUGUCAUCUGCUUUCAAUUCUAUGCAGUUAUUUACGUUUGAGCGUAGUUCGGUGAACGAUGCUAUUAUUCAGAGCGACUAUUUCAUUCAGCUAUUGUUCAUCAAGAUGAUGGGAAGACGUCCGAAUGUGUGGACACCAACGAAUCCAAACGAUAAGUUACCUACUUUGGCAGUCUUAACCGAGCAGUCCAAUGAUAUCUUUUCAUUUGAGAAUAGAGGUCUUGAUUUUACGACCAUGUCUUUUGGAAGCUCGUCUGCUGUGCCUGAUUAUACCGAAUGCGACAAUAUAGCCAGUGAGAAACAUAAGGACACCAAUAGAGAGUCACCGUUUGCUCACAGAUUCUUUACUAAUCCAGACUCUGAUGCACACUCACAGUAUUACGUUUCGGAUAGCGGUCUUAGAAUUUGCAAGUCGAAGGUCUUCGGUAAGUAUAAAACGGCAAUUGACUAUUCCUUCACAACAAAGGCAAUUUGGCAAUGGCUAAUGGAUUGCACUGAUCUCAUGUAUCCAAAAGAAGCUGUGCUUAUUGCAGCGCUAUUCUUAAAAGUUGGACUUAUCCUUCCUAUUUUGCUUCCUCCAAGUUUGAAUGUCAGUAAAAAGUUCACGAUUAGCAAAUUUGCAUACUACACAUUGAGUAAACUGGGCAGAGAUAUUAUUCAAUGGAAUAUACCAAGCAACACCAGUGCACCUGUUUCUUAUUUUAAGAUACAGGUGCCUGACCACACUAAGAUUAAUACAGAUUUUACCAUUACUGGAAGUUAUGUCAUUGGGUCUGACCAAAAAUCCCUAACCCAAUCAGAAACUGAUUCAGAGAAACAGAGCAGCGAAGAGAGGCCAAUUGUAGACCUCAGUCGUAUUUUAAAGGACCCUGGAUUAAGAUAUCUCUUCCGUAGGCAUUUAGAGAAUGAGUUUUGCGCCGAAAACUUCGAUGUAUACAUUGAGAUCAAAAAGUUCUCUAAAAAGAUGACCAUUUUAAAGACAUUGCUAGAGUCGAAGGCUGCCACCGAGCAGCGGAAUAUGAAAAACCAGAAGCUUUCGCACCCCUCCCAGAAAAUUAUAGAUACAAUAGAUUCUGCUUUAACCGGAAGAGCAAAUGAAUGUCUAGCUAUUGCAUACCAUAUUUUUUCGACGUAUAUCAUCACUGGCGCACCAUUUCAGUUGAAUAUUGACCAUGCGUUACGGGUAUCCAUUACAAAUAUCAUGAUCCACCCCAAAUCCCCACUAUCUAAGACAUUUAAUGAAAGAGGCAUAAAUCCGUUUGAUGAAAAUACAAUUGAUGUACAGGAAGCUCAAUACAAUUACCCUUCAUCGCAUCCAAGUUUAGAUCAGUUAAGCUCAAAAGAUAAUGUUAAUGUAACAACUGUGAGCACUUUACCUGAACUAUCAACUUCUCCAUUACAAGAUGACGGCUUUGUCAGCCAUAAGAAGGCUCCUGUAACAGACGUUCUGGAUUUCAAUAAUCAUUUUCAAAUCUCACCAGAGUCGUCACCGUCGACUCUUGUGAAUAGUUUACAGACUUUGAAAGAAUUGUAUGUCUUAUUUGAUGAAGUUGGGAAACAUAUGUAUCGUUUAAUGAAGAUCGACUCCGUACCAAAGUUCUUAAAUUCGGAGGUUUAUGAGGAAGUGGUAUCUUUAAUUCAAACCAGUCACAGCUAA